AUGCAUGCAGAGGAAAAAGCAAUCAUCUCCCCCCCCCAGUGGCACCGUAUCAACCAAGCAGGAGGAAGUUGGAACUGCCCCAGGUGCGAGGCGCUGAGUACCGAAUUGAAAUCUCUAAGGGAGGAGAUAGGUGCUCUGACGAGGCGAGUACAGUUCCUUGAAGAAGUGAACGAGGCCAAAGAUAGAGAACUCAGAGACCAAGUUCGCCAACUCUGUGCCAUGGGAGACCCAGUGGCAGGCGUGGGUUUGAUGCAGGAAGGGACUGCUGCCCUCUUUCAGGAUGGUCGUGUCAAGACAGACGGCAGCAGCACGCAGGAUCUCGACGUGCCAGCUUGGAAUGUGAUGGACAUCCCUGAUUACAAUCUACUGCCAGCCAUUUUGACUGGACUCAAGGGGACCUUUGGAAGCCCGCCUCUACGGACGUCCGGGCAGGCUCUGGGGCAGAUGUUUCAGGCUCCAUGA